AUGGUCGUCUUAGCCCUUCCCGCCCACCCCCAUCCACAGGCUCGUCGUAAGCCCAAGAUCCCCAAGGGCACGCGGGACUUCCUGCCCGAGCAGAUGGCGAUCCGUGAAAAGGCGUUUGCCAUCAUCGUGUCCGUGUUCAAAAAGCACGGCGCGGUGGCCAUUGACACACCGGUCUUCGAGCUUCGUGAGACGCUGAUGGGGAAGUACGGCGAGGACUCGAAGCUCAUUUACGACCUGGCGGAUCAGGGUGGCGAGAUUCUUUCCCUACGGUACGACCUGACGGUUCCGUUUGCUCGAUUCGUUGCCGUACACUCCAUUGGCAACAUUAAGCGAUACCACAUUGGCAAGGUUUAUCGCCGUGAUCAGCCCCAGAUGACCCGGGGUCGCUUCCGGGAGUUCUUUCAAUGCGACUUUGACAUUGCGGGCGCGUACGCCCCCAUGGUGGCGGAUGCCGAGAUCAUCAAGGUGCUCACGGAGAUCCUCACAGAUCUACAGCUCGGGAAGUUCGAGGUGAAGAUAAACCACAGGGGCUUGCUGGAUGCGAUGCUGGCGAUUGCAGGUGUGCCCCCGCAGAAGUUCCGACCCAUCUGCUCGGCCAUUGACAAACUGGACAAGGAGCCUUGGGAGAUUGUACGGCAGGAGAUGGUGGUUGACAAGGGCCUCCCGGAGGAGGUCGCAGACGCCAUUGGUCGUUUUGUCGUACUUCGGGGGGAGCCUCUGGAGCUCGUCCAGCAGCUGCUGGCUCCGGACCACCCGCUGUCUCAAAACCCUAUGGGCAAGGCAGCUCUGGACGACUUGGCGGCCAUGUUCAAUAUGCUGCAGGCCAUGGGCGCUCUGGGCUCCCUCACUUUGGACCUGUCACUCGCCCGCGGACUGGACUACUACACGGGGGUGAUCUACGAGGCGGUGCUGCACGGCGCGAAUGUGGGCUCCAUCGCGGCCGGUGGGCGGUACGACAAGCUGGUGGGCAUGUUCAGCGGCAAGGACGUGCCGGCGGUGGGCGUGUCGAUUGGCAUUGAGCGCGUGUUUGCAAUCAUGGAGCAACAGCGGGCCGCCGCCAGCGGUCGACCAGUGCGCGCCAUCGAGACGGAGGUACUGGUGGCAUCCAUUGGGAAUGGCCUACAGGUACGGCGCAUGGAGCUGUGCGCGUCCCUAUGGGCUGCCGGGAUCCGUGCCGAGUUUGGCUACAAGCCCAACCCCAAGAUGGCGGAUAACCUAGGGUUUUGCCACGAGAACGCGGUGCCGUACAUGGUGCUGUUCGGGGAGGACGAGCUGACCAGGGGGGUGGUCAAGAUUAAGGUGGGUCCGGGGCUGGGAUGUGCGUAUGUAUGUAUGUAUGUAUGUGCUUUGUAUCUGGGAGUGUAA